UUGCAUAUAAAAAUAUAUGGCUCAUAUUUUAAUCUCGCAAAGAUAGGAAUGGUAAUUCAAAAAAAUAAAGAGCUGAAAUGUAAUUGAAUGGUCACUCAAAUUAAACAUGGAUGUUGUUGAUGCCAAGCUCGGAGGAGCCUGCUUCAAUGUGUUUGAGGUCUGGUGAGCGCCGAUCUUCCUGGCCAACGUCCGCCACCAGCCUUCGAGAUGGACACCUGCAAAACAAGAGGACCCGCCGACGGUGUGUCGGCGGGGACCUGCUCCGAAGUUCAAGUCAGUAUUGAGAGGAGAGUAACCGGGAGCGGCAUAUUGAGCCGGCUCUUGAGAGAGAUUUAGAAGUUCAACUCCAAAAUGAACUGGCGAGAAAGCAUAAAUGAGCGUCCUAUUUAUAGGUGUCUCAUGCUUCUGGCGUGGAUGGCGUGUGAUAAAUAAAAUAAUAUAAAAAAUACUUUUAUCUCACCACCAACCUAAUAUGCAAUGGUUGGCGUGAUUAACACAAACACAUUUCAAACAAACUUAUUACCUCUGUUAACUUAUUUGGUGGCACAAAAAAGAACAUCUGAACCAAACCAUUUACCUUCCUCUUCUCCCUGUCCACGUGUAGUACCUAGGGCUAAAAGGGAUUUGGGAUUUGGUGGCUUGGGUGGAUAAAAUAGAUGAGAAUGACAAACUACCACAAUGGUUAAUUGCUUGGGAACUUCUCCACGUGUAAGUAAAGUGGUAAGAAGUGAUACAAAUUUCUUGCAUCCAAGUCCAGCUCAUGUAUAUGGAUUAGUGGGUGGUAAUUGCUACAACACAUUUACUCAAACCAGCAAAAAGAAAAGGUAAACCUUGCCACCACCAUCAUUUUCAUGUUGCCACGUGGAAGGAAUUGUGGUGGCUUUGUUGGUGUGUAUUAUAAACAAAUAAUACCACCCAUGGGAAAGGAUUAAUUACUUGAAGAGACAAUUGUACAUUUCCUUGGUUCUACCACCUGUAUGUGAGCAGUAGAUGGCCGGUUGGUAAGUUAAUCCCAGUAAAUUUGGUGCAUAGUAUUGUUUGAUGUCGGUUGAAUACCGGGUCUAUCAGAUGUCUUUCCCUCCAUUCACCCUUCACUCUUUCACUUCUUUCCUCUUGUUAACAAGGUUAUGCAAGUUAUUUAUUGCUUAGUAGAUGUCCCUGCUCAGUCAGAGAUAAAUGAUUCGGAUAUUAUUGUACUUUCUUAAUGCAUUAAUGGAUGUUUUAAUAUUGGUUUUUUUGAAUUCGUAUUAAGAGUGGUUGUAAUUUUGUUGAUUUUGUGACUUAUUAGGUCCGUUUAGUGUUAUAACUGAAACUCUAUAUGUUGAAUUAAUAAAUUCUAGGUAUAUUAAUAUUGGAAUACAGGGCAUGUAUUGCUACGGUGACCCAAAAAUCGUGGGUAUGGCGUUGCAAUACUCCCAUGUAUGGGUUUAGGGGGGCUAUAGGUUUACGUAUUUGGAAAUUGGGAUGAGGAUCAUUUAGAGAAAUUCGCCCCAUUGCCAUCCCAAACUUUAGUUAACAAACAUUGUGUUAUGCUUUAUGAGGUUUCUAGUCUGCUUAAGUGAACUCAUGGUCUUCUUUAAUAAACUUGUGGUAUGCUUUAUGAGAUUUCUUGUCUUGUUCAGGAAACUUGUGGUCUGCUUUGAGUUUUCUGUUAUUCCUUUUUAGUUUUGUGGUGUCGUGAGGUUAUGAUAUAAAUUAUAAGUUCUUUUAUAUGUUUUGUGGUUUUUGUGGUGUGGUUUGUUGUGUUUCUGCUAUGUUUUUAUGGUCUACUUCAUGAUACUUGAAGUGAGGCAUGAGACGCGAAAUUAAUGCAUAAUGUCACAUGCAUAUGCCUCUCCCCUAAUUUUAAAAAAUGCCAAGUGUGUUCCUCUUUUCAUAAAUUCGCAUAAUUGUGGCCCGUCCCUCAAAAUAAAAAAGUUAUCAAAAUUAAUGUUCAUAUUGGUUGGAACUAAUGUUAACACCAUGCUAACAUAUUAGGUGUUAGCACCCUAACCUUUUGCAUGUUGUAAGAGAGCAAGGCUCGUGGGGGAAAGAAAUAGGAAAAAAGAGAAGCCUAUGUGUGCAUAUAUACAACAAAAGAAACCCCAUAUAACUCUAUUUUCAUUUUGAACUCCCUUUAUUUGUUUUCUAGUCUCCUUGUUUGAUUUAUGAGUUUCACUACUGACUGUCAUCCUAAUUACUAAUAUGAAUUUAUUAAAUUUAUUUAUGAUGUGAGACAACUUGAGUUAUCUAUUAGAACUUUUUGAGAUGAAUGAUAUUAAUUUGAGAUUAUUUCUGAUUUGUGAUAGAUUGAGCCAUAAAAUAGUGUGCUUUAUACAUCUCAUCGAUUUAGAAUGUAUGAAUCGUUACUUAAAUGAUUAAUCAAUAAAUUUAUAAUGAUUAACCUUCAUUAUUAUAAUGAUCAAUCAUUGAAUCCUAAAUCAUUAACUUUUCAUGCAUCCUUUCCAUUAUUAUGGGAAUAGAGCCAUUUAGUUAAUUUUAAAUCACUUGAUUGUUUCUUUAUUGAACCGAAAUCAAGGUGUUGUCGGGAGAUGAAAAUUUGUUGAUGGGUACUGGCUAAUGGGUUCGCGUGAUUAAUUAUUCUGGGCCGAAAUUAUAUUUGGCAAAAGAAUAUAGGAUUUAAGUUAUUGGAUUGGACCAUUAUAUGUAUUUCAUUCUGGCCCAUCCAAAAUGGUUUGUCCAAUGUUAACUUUUGAUUCGAGCGUGUGGAAAACUGAGUUAGUCAAAAUUGAGCCGGGCCCAAUCAUGAGUCACGACACCUAGCUUCCAGCAAAACCCUCACAGCUCAGUCACGUUCUUCGUACUGACCUGUUUGCGCAGCCGGCCGACUGUGGCAAUCUGACUGUUUGGAUAAUCGACACAUAUUUAUCAGCAAAAUAAUAUACGUUGAUUACUCUCUUAUCUUAUUUUAAGCAACCGACUGCUAGGAGAUCACAAACAUCUAAUUCUCUGCAACUCGUUGACCAUUGUGGAAACCGAAAACCCUUCACAUUUCCUUUCUAAUUAAAUCUCUGAGUUAGAUCGCAUUCCAAUGGCGGCAGCAGCCCAGAGAAACCUCUCCAUUCUCGUCCCAACAGUUCUGCUGCUGUUUUCCAUUCCUCCUUCUUCUCUCGCCGCCAACACUCUCACCCAAGGCGGCCCAGUUGUUAACUCCUCCGCCAGCUUGGUCUCGCCAAACGGCCUCUUCACUUUGGGCUUCCGGCGGUCCGCCGUGGGAAGCUAUCUGGGGAUCUGGUAUAUCAAUGCAACUAGCGGCUUCUUCUGGGUAGCCAACCGCGAUGUGCCAAUCCGUGAUGGCUCGGGAUCGCUCUCCCUUGACCAAAACGGGACGUUGAAGCUCACCUACUCCGGCGGCGGCGCGAUAGUCAAUCUCUACUCUGACAGCCGACGGAGGAGACUGAUCGCCACGCUCGAUGACACGGGCAAUUUCGUGGUAAGCGAUGUCGAUUCAGGGGAUUUGCUAUGGCAGAGCUUCGACUCCCCAACGAAUGCGUGGUUCCCGGGGAUGAAAUUAGGCCUCGUCGGCGGGGAGAACAGGAAGCUGACGUCAUGGCUGACCGAGUCCAUCCCGGCGGCGGGGGCUUUUACUCUGGAGUGGGACCCGACAGCCGGGAAUGAAGAAUUGGUGAUGAAGCACAGAGGCGUGACGUUCUGGACCAGCGGCAAGCAAUGGACCCCCAACCGAUUCGCAAAUCUAGACCUCAGGUUGCAGAGGGUGAAUUACAACGUGUCCCGUGUCGUCGCCGGCCCCAACUCCGAUUACCUGACGUUCAGGGCUUCCACCAACGAAUACAGCUCCGCCAACCAAUUGAGCUUCACGGUAGUGCGAUUGAGGUACGACGGCGUGGUUGAGGAUGUAAGUACGAGGAUUGUGAUUCUGCAGAGUGAGGAUUGCCACGGAAAUGGGACGGAGAAUGGGUGCCGGAGAUGGGACGGCCCUGACUGCCGCCGGAGUGGGGACGGUUUCCAAUUACUGUGGGGCACGUUUAGUUUGGGUCAAUGGGUGGACGAAGAUAGCAACAUGAGCAUCAGCGAUUGCAAGGAACAAUGCUGGAGAAACUGUGAGUGUGGUGGGAUUAGCUUGGAUGGGGUUAACCGCAACGGCACCGGAUGUCGGUAUUUCAGGUCCGGCGGAUUCAUACAGUUGCCGAAUCAGGAAGGGGAAGACCGGUAUCAUGUUAUCAUCGCCGGAGAACGUCAAGCCGAUACUUCAAAUGCAUCACGGAUUAAGUGGAUAGCGGUUUCUGUGACUGCGGCCGUGGCUAUCCUGAUCUUAGCCCUCUGCAUUUUCUGGUUUCUGAGAAGGCGCAAGUUUAGAGAGAGGCUUCUAGCAGAGUUGAUGGCCACUAAUGCACCAAGUGAUGGAGACGACAUGGGUGAUGAUGGCGAUCCGAGCCAUCAUUUGAAAAUCUAUAGCGCAGCGUCGAUCAUGAUAGCUACAGAUAGCUUCUCCAUGCAAAACAAACUUGGAGAGGGAGGUUUUGGACCUGUAUACAAGGGGACAUUGUCGGAAGGAAGAGAAGUAGCCGUGAAGAGACUGUCGAAACGAUCUGAUCAAGGGCUAAUUGAGUUUAGAAAUGAGCUCGUACUCAUAGCUAAGUUACAACACAGAAACCUUGUCAAGCUUCUAGGUUGUUGCAUCCAUGGAGAAGAAAAAAUGUUGGUGUAUGAAUAUAUGCCUAACAAGAGUUUGGAUUCAUUUAUCUUUGACGAAACAAAGAGAGUACAAUUAGAUUGGAACAAGCGUUUCAACAUCAUUGAAGGAAUUGCUCAAGGCUUGUUGUACCUUCAUAAGUAUUCGAGAGUGACAAUCAUACACAGAGAUUUGAAAGUUAGUAAUAUAUUACUCGAUGAAAAUCUUAACCCAAAGAUCUCGGAUUUCGGGAUGGCGCGUAUUUUCAAAACAAAUACUUUGGAAGCCAACACAGCCAAGCCCGUCGGAACAUAUGGGUAUAUGUCUCCGGAAUAUGCCAUCAAAGGCACUUUCUCCACCAAAUCUGAUGUCUUCAGUUUUGGAGUCAUGCUACUAGAAAUUGUGAGUGGCAAAAAGAAUUACAACCUCAUUCCAUUGGAUCCCCCGAUCGACCUAGUGGAAUAUGCAUGGAAGUUGUGGAAAGAAGGUUCUCCAUUAGAGUUUAUGGAUCCAACCAUGGAGGGUUCCGAUAAUUAUAAAGAUCAGAUACUUAGAUGUAUCAAUGUAGGACUGCUCUGUAUAGAAUACAACACAUACGAUAGGCCAGAAAUGUCAGAGGUGAUAUCGAUGUUAACUAGUAAUGUCGUACAAUUGCCCAUGCCAGAACAACCAGGAUUUAUCAUGACCAGACCAAGAAACCACGAGGGAAGCUCAAGCACUAGUGCCUCGAAAUUUUGUUCGAGUAAUGAAGUCACCAUAACAAUGAUGGUUGCUCGAUAGUUUAAAAUACUACAUGAUGGAUUUAUUCAAUAUUUCUAGAGACAAUUUAAGUUACUUACAAUCAAUGUUCAAAUAACCUUUUUCCUGUAAGUGUGUGAAAAAUGACAAAUUCUAUAUUUCUAUCUCUUAGAGACAACUUAAGUUACUUACAAUCAAGGUUCAAAAAGCCGCUAGCCGCAAAGCACGCGUUGGGAUCUUGCCUAGCGCCUCGUUCGCCUAGGCAUUGCCUAAUCGUGCCUAGGUUUUAGAAACAAAAAUAACAUUUUCAUAAUAAAUGAUGAAUGAAAUAGUUGUUUUACAACACUUCUACUUCACUUAAAAUGAUUAAAAACUUACUUAACACUUAACAAUAAGAAAAAUAGCUCACAAGUUCAUAGAAUACAGUGACGGAUGCAGA